AUGCCAAAGAAAGAUCCAUUGAAUGGAAACAAUACAUAUGCAUCGAGUUUAGGUAAGGAAUCCACAGCCCAGAUGUCGAACAGUGGUACUGAGGAUUCGGAAGAUACCUUCAAAGAGGAGGACAAGACUUUGAUUUCUGAAACUAAUGAUUCGGAUUUUGAUAAAGAUUUCCAAGAAAAAUAUUCUCAAAAGGAUGUAACUGCUGAUCCAAACAGCAAUAAAAAUGGAGAUAGGGAAUCAACUGACCAGGCUUCAAAGAUUGGUACCGAGGGAUCGAAAGACAUACUUACAGAAAACGGAGAACCACUUAAAUUUGAGGAACCAGAAAAUGUGGUUAAUAUUACGACAAACCGCUCUCAAAAUGAAAAUGAGCACCCUAUUCAUUAUGAAGUUCAUGAGAAUGAUCCCAACACUGGUAAAGCAGUAUUCGAUAUUUCAACACCUUCAAAAAGAGAAGACAGUGUUUCGAUUUCCGAAAAUGAUAGUACCGCAAUUAAUGAGGAUGCCGAAGAUAAUUGUGCUAAUCCAAACGACAGUGAAAUUUUACAUAAGAAAUCGACUGAUAAGCUUUCAAGGAAUGUUUCUGAGGGAUCGGGAGAGAAACCGUCGGAAGAAAUACUCCAAGAAAAUAAAGAAUCAGUAAAAUUGGACGAAUCAGAAAAUUCGAUUAAUAUUAUGGCGAAACAAUCUCAAGAAGAAAAACAGCAAGUGGUCCAAUAUGAAACUCUAGAAAAUGAUAAUGAUACACCUAAAGCAGUACUCAAUGUUGUUACGACAACGGAGAAAAGUAUUCCUUCAAAUAUAGAGGCUUCUAAUGAUUCGCAAUUUGAUAAAGUUGCACAAGAAACAUUUUCUCAAAAUGGUGUAACGGCUGAUACAAAUGAUAAUCGCUCAAAUAUCACUGAUACAUUAUCACAUAGCGUUAUUCCCAAGGAAUUUCCAUUGGAAACAAACAACAUAAAUGAAUUGUUCUUAGAUAAGGACUCCACUGAACAGGUUUCAAAGAGUGACAAUGAGGUAUUGAGAGACAUAAGUGGAGAAAAUGAAGCAGUAUUUAAAUCUAAAUAUUCAGACAAUUCAGUUGACAAUAUGACGAAACGCAUUCAUGAUGAAAACAAGCAAAAUAUCGAUUUUGAAUUGCAGGAGAAUACAAAGGAAUUGAUUUCAGAUGAGCAGCCAUCUGUCCAGGAUUCAAAGGAUGGAACUGAAUAUUCAAAAGAUGUGCCUUCGAUAGAACACGUUAAUAGAGAUAAAGAACCAGAAGCUAUUAAUGAUAGCCUUAAAAAUAUUAGUAAAUUAUCACUUGAAAACUGUGGCAAUGAAGUUAGUUCUCAUUUAAAAGAAAACGAGGAAUACUUGCAGCAUGCUACAUCAGUAUUGGCAAACGAUUUAGAAGCUACAACAUCAGAAUAUAUUAUGCCAUCUACGACUACGGAUAAGACUUUGGAAAAUAAUCUAGGUGGAAUGGCAGAGAAAAACAGCCAAAUCAGCAGACCAACUAUAAACAAGUCAUCUAUUUCAAAUGAUGAUCCCGACAGUGCUGAAAUACAUGCUCACGAUACCUCAAUGAAAAAUACCUCAAUUACAGAAAACUGUGACAUACAAAAUGUUAACAGAGAGAAAGUGAAUGAUCAUAUUGAAAACAAAGAAGAAGCCUUAGUUAGCAAUGACUCGUUCUUCAGAUCGGAAAUUAAUGAAAACAAUGCAAGUACAGAAAAUGCUGCGGACUCAGCAACUGUGUUGCAGUCGGAAAUAAAUAAUAAUAACACUGAAGAGAACGUAAAAAAUGAAACUAAUAACUUUGAAGAGGUUGAACACGAUAAAAACAUGUCAGGAAAACCUGCAAUAUUAUACUCAAAUCCCAGAGAAAUGUCACAUCCUGAAAACUUGGAUGAAACUAAUAACUUUGCAGAAGGUGAACACGAUAUAAAAACGUCAGGAAAACCAGCAAAUCCCAAAGAUAACUUACAUCCUGAAAACUUGGAGCCCGAAAAUAUUUUUACAAUUUCAAUCAACAAAGAUAAUACAAACAGCUCUUGCGACAACAUAGUGACGAAUGAUAAGCUCGGUGAGGAUAUUAAUAAAAUUACUAAGCAUGAAAGUGAAACUACUCCAGUUUCUAAAAUAGAUAACUUAGGUAGUACCAUAAUUGCCGAUAGUACUAUCUCAAAUGUAAAAGCAGAUUUAGAGAAUGAUAACAUUAGUAGUGAAGAAACGGAAAAUGGUAUCUUAAGACAUGUUACAAAUGACGACGUAGAUCCAAAAUUGGAGGAUAGCAAGGAUACAAUCAACAGCGAUACCAAUGUCGACAAUAAGAGUGCAAUACCAUCUGAGGAAGUUGUUGAAAACUCAAAUGCCAUAAAAACGAAAGAAAAUAACAUAGAAUCUGAUCUUUCCAUAGACACAGCUAAAAAUCUUGAAUCUUUCGAUAGAGAUUUAAAAGUUGACAAUGAAAAUUUAGAUGAAGACGGAGCACAACCAAUUCUCGUUACUAUAAGGGACGUGCAAGUUGACAUAACUUCGGAAGACAGCCAGGGAACAUCUGAUAGAAACAUAGAAAAUAUUGAACCCGAAAUGUUAACGAUUGAUCAAGAUAUUGACGAUGCCGCACCUAAAUAUAUCAACAUGAAGCACAUAGCUCGAAUGGUCAGCAAAAUUUGCAGUCAGCAAAAGAAUGCAAGUCGUGGGGGAUCUGUUACAGUCGAUAAUGCUGCCACACUUGAGAACCGCAGCACAACGGAAAUAGAUCCACAAGAAUGUAAUAAUAAAAUACAAGCAUCUAACAACAGUUUGGAUGGGGUUCACCUAAUCAGCCCUACAUCAGAAACUUCAUCGAAGAUCUCCAACAACAUCGACAUGAGUAUGGAAGAAUGUCAUGAAAGUAUCAAAGAAAAGAAAAUUUUACAGGAAACGACAUUGGAAAGCUUGAACAACAUGGACCCACCAACUACUGAACGGAGCAAUGAAGUAGUCCAAAUAAAGAAGGAACUCCAGGUAAGCGAUGACAGCAAAAGAGACGACGCAAACUGUGUUAGAGGUCCCUCACUAUCCGAAGAAAAGAAAGAUACUGAUCUUAAACAGGUCAGCCAAGAGGUUAAUACAUUGACACAUGAUGCUCAAGUAACUAACCAAACUUCAAUGAAACAAAUUGCAAACAUUGACGAUGUUACCCGACAUGAUACGCACGAGGCGGUCGGUACACCAGAGGUAGAAUAUCGUGUAAAAAGAGAUACGAUUCUCAUAUCAGACACAAGCCAUUUGGAUGAUGGACAAAAUGAAAAGGAAUGUCUGAUACAAAUCGACAGCUAG